AUGUACCGACAAUCAAUAUACGAACAGUUUUCUGGAGAAGCCGCAAUUUUGAAACAUUAUGGACUUGACACUUUGGAACCUGAAUAUUGGGUAGGAGAGAACGAUGGUCGAAAAUCCGUUAGAUAUUCUUAUGUAGAAGGGCCGAACAAUCAGACCAGUAACGGUGUUAGUGGAGGUGUGUUAGAUGACAGAUGGAGUUUGGAUGAUAAUGACCCUCUUGGUCUGAAAAAAAGUGUGCUUUGGCAAGAUAUAUCACCUUCAAAACGUUCUACUCAGGAUGUUCUUGAGGAGAUGCAAGAAAAAUCACAAUUACUGGUCGGCACAAAAUCUUUCAACCCCAAGUAUUUUCUGCGAAAAGUUCACAAAGAUACAUCGUACAAUGAUUUAUUGAAAGGUGCUGAUCUUUUACGGUACACAUUGGAUCAGAAAUCUGAAGCACUUCGAAAUUUAGUUCAAGAUAAUUUUGAUCGAUUUGUUAGUGCAAAAAAUACAAUCGAUACUGUAUAUGGUGAAAUGAAAACACAGUGUUUGAAUGUCGAUAAUGAUUAUGGAAUAAGAGGAUUAGAUAAUGCGCUAUCUGAGGCGAUAAACAGAGCUGAACAAGUCUUUGGACCGGUUUUGGUAAAUAGGAAUAAGGCAGAAAAAAUACGUAGCACAUUGAGCGUUUUGGAAAAGUACAAAUAUUUUUUCAAUUUGCCUAGUAGUCUCAUGGAAUCCAUUAAACAGCAAAAGUAUGAUGUAAUAAUUAGAGAUUAUAAAAAAGGAAAAGUUGUUCUCGAAUCGACAAUGUCAUUGGACGCGUCAGAAAACAAUGGAUCAAGUAAUCCUACAACAGAAAGAGAAGUUGAUGAUACUGCACUUUCAGCGCAAUAUCGGAAGGUUUUUGAUAAAGUUUGGGCCGAGGUCGAGAAAAUAAUGGAAGAGAUGAGGGAGCAACUCUUCAAACAGUUGACAGAAUCAUGGAGAUCGAUGGAAGAGCAAGAGAGGACUAUUAACGUACUUCUUGAACUUGAUACACCCGAAGAUCCAAUAUGGCAUUAUCUUGAUAGUCAAUACAAAUUCAUAAUUGAUCUUUUAAAAGAAUCAUACCAAGAGCAACUGAAUAAGAUUCAAGCAUUGAAAAAGUCCCUGCCGCCUUUUUCUAAUGAUACCAAAGAAGUUGCAAUACGCCUUAAAAAUGCAAUAAAGGCUAUUAAUAUAAGGGACUAUGAUUCCUUGAUAGCUGGUAAGGAUAUGGAUGUACAAAUAUGGAAAGCUACUUUGGAUGUUGUAAAAUCAUUAUCGGAUUUACUUUUGAGAUGUCUACCUGAUUUUUGGAAGUUAAGCAAAUCUUUUAUGGAAGGAAAAUUUCAAAAGAGUCCAGCAAUUCUUAGUGCUAACAGACGCAGACGUCAAGCCAUGGAUCUCAGAAAAGUAGAACAAUGCCAAAAUAUGGCUAAAGGUGUAAUUGAUCUUUACGCAUCAUUGUUAUCAGAGUUCUUUUCUCUUCCGCCACUAUCUGGUGAUUAUACUAGUGAUAGCCCGACCUCGUCAUUCAUUCCGGUACAAUCUGAUUCUGUUACCACUUGUUAUUUUUUGACGAAGAUCCUUAAUGGAAUGAGUGAAUGUGUGAAUGAUAUUCAUUCAAUUAAUAUGGCAUCGGAUGUAUCCAAUGCAUUACAAAUAUUAAUGGAACAUACUAGAUGGAAAUUUGUAGAAAUAAUAUGUGUAGCAUGGAACUUUGAUGCUAAGAUCUUCUUCACGCUUGAAGAUUGGUCUCUUGAUCAAGAUAAUCGCGAAAUUACUAAUUUUUUGAGAAACUUUCAUAUAUUUCACAAAUAUAAUUCUCGUAGCGCAUACAAAAUAGCAAGCUUGGGUUACGUUUCGGACGAUGAUGAUAACAAAUCGUCUAGAAUUUCCGAUGCGUUUUUACAAAAGAUUAAAGGUGCAUUCCUUGACUCUUUGUAUGCUUAUUUAGACGGUUUAGUGCAUUUAGUGUUUUCUGAUUAUACGCCACUUGAGUCAACCGAAAACAAAGAACCAACAGACAUGAUUCAGAAGAUUUUACUUACUAUUAGUAAUCUUUCGAAUCUAAAACAAUUCAUGAUACCCAGAAUUGUAUCUCAAUUUGAGACAGCAUAUAAAUGUAGUCUUUCCGAUGAUACGCAGACACUUAAUGAUGUUAUAAAUCAGCUGGAUGGAAUAUUAUUUGAUGAUUACUUAAAACGGAAAACGCAGAUAAUUCGAGAUAUAGUUGUUAACGGUAUAUUAUCAGGAGACGUUGAUUGGUAUAACAUAUCAAAACCUACAGAGGUACAUUCCUUUGUAUACGAGGCUCUAUUGUCACUUGUCAUAGUUCAUGCUCAAGUUAGUGAUAUUGCCAAGCCCCUCGUUAAUCGUACAUUAACAGCGCUGUUAGAGAAUAUGGCACGAGAUUGCCUUGAAGCAUUUCAAAAAGUAGAGAAAUUUGGUAUGGGUGGUAUGCUACAGGCUACCCUUGAAAUUGAGUUUAUGCACCAAACACUAUCACAAUAUGUAAGCAAAGAAGCUCAAGGAACGUUACAACUUAUAUACACCACCAUUGAACAAUUAUACGAUACUAAACAAGCAUCUGGCAGUUUAGAUUCAGAAUUAAGUAGUGUAAAACAAUUAUUAGUUGAAAGUCGCAAAAACACUAACUUACAGUUUUUAUGCUUUAAAAAACCAAAAUAA